GCUACAAUAAUAAGCCCAUCGACCACGGCUCUCAGUAAUUUUGUGCACUAGUCGAGCAGCAGGUCGAGCAAAGCCGCGUCGGGAAUCUCUUAGCGCUCGCCACCAUGACGUCCGACAAUCCGAAGAUUGCCAGGCUGCAGCACCGCCAGAGCUACACCCGCAAAUGGCAGCUGGACCUGAUGCAGACGUGCACGAAGCGCCCCGGCUUCUGCUGCUAUGCCAUGUGGUGCGGCUACUGCGCCAGCUACGGCCUGCGCAAGCAGGCCCUGCACGGCGACCUGAGCAGGUACCUGUGCUGUAACGGCAUGUGCCCGUGCUCGGGCCGCAUGGGGGAGCGCAAGUGCCCGGGCUUCUGCCUGUGCAUGGAGGUGUCGUGCUGCUUCGCGCAGAGCGUGGCCACCACGCGCUGGAUGAUCCAGGACGAGCUGCAGGUCGAGACCACCAAGUGCGACAACUGCAUCAUCGGGACCAUGAUUUUCCUGCAGUACCUGUCGUGCAUCUGCCACAUCCUGGCCUGCUUCUUCGACGAGCUCCACGAGGUGGCGCAGUUCGUGGACUGCCUGGCGGACGUGGCCUGGUGCAGCGUGUGCGCCUGCAUGCAGACGCAGCACAAGGCCGAGCUGGACCAGCGCGACGCCAACCCGCACGCCGUGCCGCCGCCGCUGCCCGGCAUGCAGGCGCCGGGCGUGCAGAUGAUCCCCAUGGGCGGCCACCCGCCGCCACCGGGCGCCUACCCGCAGCAGCCGGGCGCCUACCCGCCGCCGCCGGGCGCGUACCCGCCGCCGCCGCCAGGCUACGGCGCGCCUUACCCGGGAGGCUACGCACCGCCGCCGCCGGGCGCCUACCCGCCGCCCCAGGCCUACCCCUACCCGCCGCCGCCCGGCGCCCAACCGGGUAUGUACCGCUGAGCCGGCGGCCCCUGAUACCUCCAGGGAUGCAUGCCAGUGGACAGCGGGGCAGGCCGUCUGCACCCACGUGCUGUGAGAGGUGCAGCCAGGACGGACAGGUUGUCAGCCGAACAUCGAAGGCCCAGCCCAGAUGCCAUGCCGCGAAUGGGCUGAUUCCGCAUGAUGGGAUGGCGUGAGCAGUUGGCAUUCGGACCGAGGAGAAUCGUUGCGUGUUUGUGCAUCAAUUUGGUACUGCCAUGACCGCGGGGGUUAUACGGAUUAUAUGGGUUACAUGGGUUAUACAUGCCUUGGCCUUAAGGCGACGUAUGGUACUAUGGUCUGAGCAUAUGGGGGCUUCCGUGCUGCACGGAGGUUGCUGCGCGCUGAAACGUGGAAGGGGUAAAACAUCUUUGCAUACGGUGUACUGUUUCCUGCAUGGAGGGGCCCUCUAGGUUGUCCACGGCAUGAGUGCAUGAUGGCAGCUGCCGAUGGGUCUGUGCAUGUAGGCAGCCCGGCAGCACAUGAGCACAAGCUUCACACGCGCUAUACAACCCGUGCUUUGGCCCCCGUCGUCCAUGCGGAGAGCAGUCGUGACGCUUCUUCGGACGCUGGGUGGGUGGGCAAGCAUAUGAGUACAUAACACCUUGCCGUGUGGGCGAGCUGCAUCGGAAGACAAUCAGCGCGUAACACUGAAAUCUUUCAAGCAAAUGCAAUUAUGUGCCGCAGC